AUGCGUGCUAAUAGAAUAUCUAACAUUUUUUUCCUUUUAGUUUUACUGUUUGGAGUUGCCCAUCCUCAAGAACCAGAGUUCAGCCAUGGAUGUGCUGAAGGCAGCUGCUACCCAGCCACCGGAGACCUGCUGAAUGGAAGGGCUCAGCAACUCCUUGCAUCUUCUACAUGUGGUCUCCAGAAACCAGAGUCAUUCUGUAUUGUUAGUCAUCUCCAGGAUGAAAAGAAAUGUUUCACAUGUGACUCACGAACACCAUAUAAUGCUGUGGAUAAUACAGAAAGUCAUCGCAUUGAAAAUGUAGUCACAACUUUUGAUCCAAAUCGCCUUAAUUUGUGGUGGCAGUCAGAAAAUGGUGUGGAAAAUGUCACAAUCCAGCUGGAUCUUGAAGCAGAAUUCCAUUUCACUCAUCUCAUCAUGACCUUUAAGACCUUCCGGCCAGCUGCAAUGUUAAUUGAAAGAUCAGCAGACUUUGGUAAAACAUGGAACACCUACAGAUAUUUUGCAUACGAUUGUGAGUCGUCAUUUCCUGGAGUCUCUGUUGGGCCAAUGAAAAAGUUGAUGAUGUCAUCUGUGACUCUCGAUACUCUGACAUUGAACCCUCUACAGAGGGAGAGGUUAUAUAUCGUGUCCUGGAUCCAGCUUUUCGUAUUGAUGAUCCAUACAGUCUUAGGAUUAAAAGCUUGUUAAGAAUUACAAACUUAAGAAUAAAGUUUCUAAAACUGCACACUUUGGGCGAUAACCUUUUGGAUUCAAGAGUUGAAAUAAAGGAGAAAUACUACUAUGCCAUUUAUGAUAUGGUUGUCCGUGGUAACUGUUUCUGCUAUGGACAUGCUAGUGAAUGCGCACCUGUAAAUGGAUAUUUUGACAACAUGGAAGGAAUGGUACAUGGACGCUGUGUUUGUAGACAUCAUACAAUAGGUUUAAACUGCGAACAGUGUAUGGACUUUUAUCACGAUUUGCCAUGGAGACCAGCAGAAGGUCGUAGCAGUAAUGCUUGUAAAAAAUGCAACUGUAAUGAGCACUCUACAAAAUGUCACUUUGACAUGGCUGUAUACAUGUCAACUGGAAAUACAAGUGGUGGUGUAUGUGAUGAUUGCCAGCAUAACACAAUGGGACGGAACUGUGAGCAGUGCAAGCCAUUCUUCUAUCAGCAUCCAGACAAAGACAUACGUGACCCAAACAUCUGUCAACCUUGUAAUUGUGACCCAGCUGGAUCUCAAGAUGGUGGCAUAUGCGACCGUUAUUCAGACUUCUCUGUGGGACUUAUUGCCGGCCAAUGUAGAUGUAAGGCGAAUAUAGAGGGAGAACGCUGUGAUCGAUGCAAGGAAAGCUACUAUGACCUAAAUGCAGAAGAUCCAGAUGGAUGCCAGCCUUGUGGAUGCAAUCCUCUAGGAACUAUUCCUGGUGGCAAUUCAUGUGACUCAGUAGAAGGAAACUGUUAUUGCAAACGUUUCGUAAUGGGGAAGCAGUGUGACCAGUGCAUGCCUGGAUUCUGGGGUUUGAGCAAUGACCUGGAUGGAUGUCGACCUUGUGACUGUGACCGUGGUGGAGCAUUGGAUAACAUCUGUUCACCUGAGUCGGGCCAAUGUCGCUGUAGACCGCACAUGAUUGGUCGUCAGUGCAAUGAAGUGGAGUCUGGCUUUUAUUUCAUCUCUUUAGACCAUUACAUCUAUGAAGCAGAGGAUGCAGAUUAUGGCCCUGGCGUGAGAACUGUUGGACGCAUGCUCCCUCAGGAUCGCACACCAUCUUGGACAGGACCUGGAUUUGCCCAUGUUCCAGAAGGAGGAUACUUGGAGUUUCACAUUAAUAAUAUUCCAGUCUCAAUGGAGUAUGAUCUUUUAAUCCGCUAUGAACCACAGCUCCCAGAACAAUGGGAAGAAGCAGUGAUAACAGUUAUUCGUCCAGGGAAAAUUCCCACAAGCAGUAGAUGUGGUAAUACCAUCCCUAGUGAUGACAACCAGAGUGUAGCAUUACCACCAGGAUCUAGGUAUAUAGUUCUUCCUCGUCCUAUAUGCUUUGAGAAAGGUCUGAAUUACACCAUACGACUGGAGUUGCCACGGUAUUCAGUCAACUCUAAUGUAGAAAAUCCCUACACAUUAAUUGAUUCUAUUGUUCUGCUGCCUCAUGUAAAGUCCCUGGACAUAUUCGGCUCUGGAGGCUCAGGAGAUGAUGUCAGCAAUGCCUGGAAGACAUUCGAGAGAUACAGAUGUACAGAGAACAGUCAAAGUGUUGUGAAAACUCCUCUCACAGAUGUCUGCAAAGAAUACCUCUUCAGUAUCUCAGCCCUGCUACAUGAGGGGGCCCUGGAAUGUCGGUGUGACCCUCAAGGAUCAUUAAGUGCUGUAUGUAACCCGAAUGGAGGGCAGUGCGAUUGUCGGACAAACGUGGUUGGACGGAAUUGCGAUAAAUGUGCACUUGGAACCUAUGGCUUUGGGCCUAAUGGAUGCAAACCUUGUGACUGCAGUCCUAAAGGAUCUUCUCAUUCCUUCUGCCACCCUGAAACCGGCCAGUGUCCGUGUAUCCAUGGAGCCUAUGGAAGACAGUGUGACGCAUGUUUACCUGGCUACUGGGGAUUCCCAAACUGUCAGCAGUGCCAAUGUAAUGGACAUGCUGAUGAUUGUAAUGCCCUUACUGGACAGUGCACCAGCUGCAGAGAUCACACUGAAGGUUACAGCUGUGAAAGAUGUUUGGCUGGUUAUUAUGGAGAUCCCAGGCUUGGUUCGGGUGAUCACUGCAGACCAUGCCCAUGUCCAGAUGGACCCGGAAGUGGACGCCAGUUUGCAAGUGGAUGUUAUAAAGACCCCACGUCUGAGCAUGUUGUAUGUACAUGUAAUAAAGGAUAUACAGGUAAGUGUUUUAUUAUAUUUUAG